CCCAACGCUCGGCCUUACCUCGUUACCCACUCUAACUCUAUCAAUCCAUCAACUGCACUAUGCUCCUCAAACGGCUUGCCUCCUCUCUUUCACCAGAAGCAGCAGCUCUAGUACCCUUGCUAGACCCACAGGUUCGCACGACCGAGGCCGUGAUCCUGACCCCACGCGCCACGCUCCACUCGAUACUGGUCGCAGCCUUGGGCGAGCAAGCAGAGGGCAGCUUUGCCGCCGCGCGUCGCGACGCGCGCAUCGAUGCAGCACUCGACAUGCUUCUCCAACACUGUCUCGAGCGCGUGCCCGUGGCUUCUGGCGCUGGGAUGCGCCAGAGAUCGUGGCACGGAAUCGGCGUGUUAGCUGGCGUCCUUCCUUCAGCCAGCGGAGUCAUGGAAAUUGCAGGCGGGAAGGGCGUGGGCAAGAGCCUGUUCGCACUGCAUGCUGCACUGCGCACGCUUAUCGCCGAGCCGGAUGCAACGGCGCACUGGGUCGACACGGAAGGCGCGUUCAAUGCCGCGCGCGCCAAGGCUGUUGCGACAGCUCUCGGCGCAGAGGGAUCGGUGCUCGAGCGUCUCACGGUGUCUAGAGUGUUUCGACUUGAACCCGACCUCUUCGAUGAGCUGGCGCGCGUGAGGGAUGACCCCGCGGUGCGCGUGCUUGUCAUCGACAACGUCGCGAGUCUGCUCCGGGACGCGCUGAUGAGUACUACCGCGCAAGGACAUGCAGCUAUGGUCGUCGGGAUGGAGGAGGUGGCGGAACUGACUCACUCGAAGGGAAUGAUGACUAUCGUCGUCAACUCGGCCUCAUCGAGCAUUCCCUCAAACCCUCGCUCCACGUUCUCCACAACUACCGUCAAGCCCGCUUUAGGUGUCACGUUAACCUUCACCGUCGAUACCGAGCUGCUCCUGCAAGAUACGGGUCGUGUCUUUGGGUUCGCUGACGAGGGGGAGCGCGAGCGCGCAACAUCUGGACCAGGUCUGCGAGUUCUCGUGGAGGUGCUGAAGAGCCGUUCUUCACCAUCGGGAGUAUGGGGCGUUGUGGAGACCGAUGGCAUUUCUCUGUUUGACGUGGCGCCGCCGCCAGAAGAGGACGAGCGGACGCUGUAUCGCUCUGCAGGCGGAGACACUGGGCGGCGUGCGAUGGGAGGGCUGAAGGAGACGCUUGAGCCUGCGAUUGCGCCGCUGCGGUCCCGGCGCACAUGAUCAGGGGCUAGUUUGGGCCCCGGAUCGUGACUGCCGGCCCUGACGAUAUGGCCAAUGUCGCCAUGGAGGAGAAGGGAGAGGCGAUUGAUUGGAAGAGGAUGGAGGUGGUGUAAGAUGGAGAGGAGGUGGAGGUGGUAGACGGUUGAUGGGCGAGUAGAUGAAUAUAAUAAUGGAGAUGGAAAGAGU